GGAACCGGGACCGGGCGGAGCGAGUGAGGGGCCGGCGGCUGGCAAUGGCGGAGCCGCUGCGGCGGGGAGCGGAGCCGCUCUGGCGGACCCCCCCGGGCCGCCUGGCCCCCACACACAUUUACCGCAUGGCCGGGGCGCUGGGGGCCGAGCUGCGCCGUCUCUCCGGCCGCUUCGGGCCUGAGGCCGUGGCCGGUCUGGUGCCACCCGUCGUGCGGCUGCUGGAGCUGCUGGAGGCGCUGGUGGCACCGGCGGGGACUGAGGGGGAGGCGGUGGCACCGGCGGCCGGGCGGCAGGACGCGGAGGACCCGGAGCAGAGGCUGUGGGAAGCCGAGCGCUGGGAGCGAGCUCUGCACACCCGCCUGACCCGCCUGGAGGAGCAGAACCGGCAGCUACUGAGCCAGCUUGCUGAGAGCCAGUCCCAGGAAGAUAGCAUGGUGCGAAAGGAGCGGGAGGUAAUGCUGCGGCUGAAGGAGGUGGUUGACAAGCAGAGAGAUGAACUUCGUGCCCAAGCCCAUGAGAUUGUCUGCAAGAGCCGAGACACGGAGGCGCUGCAGGAGCAACUGCACCGCUUCAUGGCCAUGAACGAGGAGCUGCGUCACAAGGUGGCUGUGGUGCAGGCUCAGCUCAAGAGCGCCCUGGAGAAGAAAUCAGACCUGGAGGCUGCACUGCUGCAAAGCCAGAGGGAAGAGAGCAGGAGAAGCAGGACCACCUCUGAGGCCCAGAAACUGAAGCCCAGCCUGGAAGGAGCUCCAGAACCUAUGGAGGAGCCACAGCACCAGGAGAUGGACGUGGGCAGGAGUCCUGCUGACUGCUGCUUCUCCAAGGAGGAGCUGCAGCAGAUCCUACAGGAGCGGAAUGAGCUCAAGACCAACCUGUUCUUGGUACAGGAGGAGCUGGCCUAUUACCAGCGGGAGCUGCUGAAUGAGGAGAGAUUUCCCAGCUUCUUCUUGGAUGCGAUGAAGUCGACUGUCAAAAGACAGAGAAAAAAAAUCAGAGCCAAAAUGCUAGGAACGGUGGAGGAGUCAGAAAGCAGUGAAGAAGAUGAGGGCUCCUGGGUCCCAGCUCAUGGCACAGACUGUGUGGAUGCUCAGCCUCCAGAAUCCAAAAUUAGGAGCUUUUUUGGACUGUGGUAUCAGGGCAACAGCAACGACCCCCCCACGUCCAGCUGCUCCGGAGCCUGGGAAAUCAUUGACUCACUGGACACACAACUGGAGCUGGAGAGUGAGAGCGAGCCAGCAGCCAGCUCCCCCCACAGAGCCUCACCACCCCUCUGACCCACCUGAAAGGGAGUUGGAUCUCAGCAGCACUUCCCGACUCUCAGUGUCUUCAGUAAAAGCACAAGAUUCCUGGCCACGUCCCCGUGCCAUAGUGACAGCAGGGGCAGCAUUCCUGGAAGCCCACCAGGACACUUUGCCAUGGGAUGUCAGUCUGGCACAGGACAACUCAUCACCUGAGGCAUCUCUGCCCUUUUGUUGUGUCCGCAAAUAAAUUUACAGGGGUCCUGCACAGCCAGGCACCCCCUGCCCACUUCCAGCCUUUACCUCCUUCCUGCUGCUGUACCCCAAGGGGCUCCUUCCCAUCCGCUGGUGGCUCUUGCCACCAAACACCUCUGCUCACAGCUUGGGAUGCCAUCACCAGAUCCUGCCCUCCUGGGUGUAUUUUACUCCACCCCUUUCCACUUGUACUUCAUCCUUCCCAUCCCUGAAAUGUGAAGAUCAAGUUGGGGUGCCCAGGCUGCCCAGGAGCUGUGCCAGGGUGACUACAUGGCUGGGAGGGACUGAGCAUGCUGCACUGGGUGUCUGAGCUCUCCUGUGCUGGGGAGCAAUGGGGAUCUGUGGAAGGGUGGUUGGCAGAACAAGGACAUAUGGACAUGAGCAAAGUUAAAAAAAGUUAGCAAGGCUCAGAGCGUAAACUCCCUGAGCUGCAGCUGCAUGAUCAAAGUAGAAGGAUUUCACCAGUUUCUCAUGGUCACGGUGUCCUGGUACAUGCCAUUGCAGUUAGCAAAGCAGGACGUAGAUACAGCUUUAUCAGUAGAUAACGUUUAAUUAGAGCACAAAUCAUGAGCUUAGAUUUUGUAAUCUGUAUGACCUAAUUAAAAAGAGUAUAUUAACCUGAUCUUCGACUACAUUAAACUGAAGCUUGGUGGAUUCU